UCUGCAUCACCCUUCUUGUCGUCCCCCACGCCACUUCCACCCUGGAUGACCGCGGAGUCCCCCGGCACAGCUUAGCUCUGUUCCGCAGCCGCCCGUGUCCACAACCCCCAGCAGAGUCCUCUCUUGCUGCCACCUGCGCCCAGCUGCAGGCAGCGUGACAGCGAAGAACAGCCUCCCUCCGGCCUCGCCCUCCGGGAAACCCGCGUCUGAUUUAGGAGAUCACUUUCGGGGAACCUGGGGGUUCAACCACCCGAGGCCGCGGGAAGUUUAGGACUGCCCGGAGGCCGCGCUCGCCGGGCGCCCGGCUGCGCGGGGGCAGCGGCGGGCGGGCGGGCGCGCGCGGCGCGGGCGCGUGGCCGAGCGGCAUGGCGUGGCCCUGCAUCAGCCGGCUGUGCUGCCUGGCCCGGCGCUGGAACCAGCUGGACCGCUCGGACGUAGCGGUGCCGCUGACUCUGCACGGCUACUCGGAGCCCGGGAGCGAGGGGCCGGGCGCGGACUGCACCGCCUCGCGUGGGAGCCCGGCCGCCGCCGGCGCGCGGGAGCCCAGCCGCGCCGUGCCGCUCACCCAGUACCAGCGCGACUUCGGCGUGCGGACCGCGCGCGCGGGGACCCGGGAUGCGGCGCCGGAGCGCGUGCCCGGGCCGGGCGGCCGCAGGGGCCAGUCUUCGGCGCCCCCCGCCCGGCAGGUCUACGUGCUGCCCGUCGGGGACGCGGACGCAGCUGCCGUAGCGACCACAUCUUAUAGGCAGGAAUUCCAAGCGUGGACUGGAGUGAAGCCCUCAAGAUCCACAAAAACAAGAUCUGCCGGAGUCAUCACAACUCACAGCUCGGGAUGGGACCCCAGCCCUGGGGCCAGCUUCCAGGUUCCAGAGGUGAGGAAAUUCACACCCAAUCCCUCAGCCAUCUUUCAGACAUCAGCUCCCCGAACUCUCAAUGUGUGACCAGUGGAGACCAGUGGAGACCAGUGGAGACUGUGGCUGCUGGGAAAGCUGAUGGACAUCUCCAGACCUCCCCGGAGGGGGCCUGGCUUGGUCCUUGGCUGACUGGGGCAGCAUGGCUGCCGGCCCUGGCAGUGGCGUGGAGUGGAGGCAGGCAGGUAGACCAUCAUCAGCUGCACUCAGCCUCUUCCACCCUCCUCCUCAAACGGGGGAAGGAGACUUGAACUUUUAAAUUGCCAUUUGGCACCCUUCAAUUUUUAAAUCCGAGGAUAAAUUCAGCUGUGACAUCAA